AUGAUUUUUGAAGUCGUUGGACAACAUCCUAACUUCAUACGCAAUGUUUUGAAGGCCAAGGCUGAAAAGUCUAAGAGCUUUCUAGGCAAGGAAUACGUUGGAGUCAUCGGUAAAGCCGACAUCGAGAGAAUCAAGAACGUCGCGUCAGCGAUUCCUGUAGACAACGAGACGGUGGAAUGGGACUGCCAGGACUACGUGCUCGAGAUCCUUGAUAAGCUGGAGGAUGAGUUUAUUCUGGAGGAGGACGAUGAAGAUUACCGUGAAGCACGAAGCGUUUUGAAGGAAAAAAGGGGUCCAAUUGUCUGA